CGACGGCGACGACGACGACGGCGACGACGGCGACGACGGCGACGGCGGCGACGACGACGACGACGAACGAAAUCAAUCGAAACCGCGAUCGUCCAAAUGUACCGUUUCGCUGGCCAUCGUGCGUCGUACGCUUGGAUACGCCAGAGAAGGAUGCGCGCUGGCGCACCAGUUUCCCUACCAAUGCAACUCGUCCACACCAACGACCGACCUACAGCCUCGGGAGAUAAACGCGUCAAAAUUUAUUUCUCUCUAUCUAGCGAAGAAUCGCGUUCCUAUUUUAUACGGUAUAUUGACUCUCGCGCCGAGUAAAUAAUCCAACUUUAAGAAACGUGGACGAUACGACGUAAGAGAUAGUAACGCGCUAACGCUUUCGAAUUUGAUCCCAGCUAUUGACGCGGUUUCGCGUAGAAAGAAUUUAAGGAUUUAUUCCUCCGGUCGUGUAGUUCGCUCUAUACGUCCUAAGGAACGCUCGUCGAGCCGAAGACGGCGAUCGCGUAGAAAGCGAUAUCAGCGAGAUUCUCCCGAAUCUUUGUUUACGUUCGUCGAGAGGGCAAAUACGAGGUAUCGCCGUACGAGCACCGCUCUAUUUCAGUAAAUCAUUGGACGCAAGCUCGAUCGCCUCGCGAGAUAUUAUUUACGUAGAGACGCGAGUAAAGACAGGUGUGAUCGCGAAGGACGCGAAAAAGUCGCGAUGUAAAGCAAUCGUUCCUUUUCGAUCCUAUCCGUUCUACUACUGGAAGAUUUGAAACUUUACACGCGAUAAUAUGGCGACCCGCAAUAUCAUCACGCUUUUAUUUCUGGUAAUCACGUCGACGACGGCUGCUAUUGGUCGAGAGACUCGCGGUUCGCGCGUUAAAAGAAUAGCAGGCGGAGAAGACAGCGAUUCGAAGGAGUUUCCCUUUCAAGUCUCUUUACGUUAUUCGGACGCCGUGCACAUUUGCGGGGGUGCGUUGAUAAGCGAAAGACACGUCUUGAGUGCCGCGCAUUGCGUGUGCGAGCUCUUCGAGGAACCUUACGACGACCUGUCGGUGGUGACUGGUACGAGGAAUGUCAAAAGAGGCGGUCAGGUUCAACGAGUGAAGAACGUCCAUUGUCAUCCCGAUUACGUUUUUGGCGCGGAGAACUCGUGGACUCACGAUUUGGUCGUCCUCACGUUGAGCGAGAACGUAACUUUGAGUUCUAAACAGAAUCUCAUCGAUCUGCCAGCUUCGGACACGCCGGAAAACGUAUCGGCGAUCUUAACCGGUUGGGGCAGACGUCAUUCGCUUGGUCCGUUGUCGAACGUCUUACAAAAAGUGACUCUCACCACUAUAACCAACGAGGAUUGUCAAAAGUAUUACAACAAUACUAUUUUACCGUCCCAACUGUGUACCUUGGAACAUAAGGGAGUUGGCGCCUGUAAGGGCGAUAGCGGCAGUCCGCUAACUUACAACGAUCAAAUCGUCGGUAUAUUUUCUUGGACUAAGCCGUGCGCAGUGGGUUCUCCCGACGUCUACACCAGAAUUUAUCAAUUUAUAGAUUUCAUUACAAAUAUCACACAAUACGAGGAUUAA